AUGGACGCCAGGAGCGUGUCAUGUUCGACAAGAUCACGUCACGCAUCCAGAAGCUCUGCUAUGGGCUCAACGCUGACUUUGUGGAUCCAGCCCAGAUCACCAUGAAGGUGAUCCAGGGGCUGUACAGCGGAGUCACAACCGUGGAGCUGGAUACCCUGGCUGCUGAGACAGCUGCAACCCUGACCACCAAGCACCCUGACUAUGCUAUUUUGGCAGCGAGGAUUGCGGUGUCCAACCUGCACAAAGAAACUAAGAAAGUAUUCAGUGAUGUGAUGGACGAUCUCUACAACUACAUAAACCCUCACAAUGGGAAGCACUCACCAAUGAUCUCCAAGGAAACACUCGACAUAGUUUUGGCCAACAAAGAUCGCCUGAAUUCUGCAAUUAUUUAUGACAGAGACUUCUCCUACAACUAUUUUGGCUUUAAGACUUUAGAGCGCUCCUACUUGUUGAAAAUCAACUCGAAAGUUGCUGAGCGUCCUCAACACAUGCUGAUGAGGGUGGCAGUGGGAAUCCACAAAAACGACAUCGAUGCUGCGAUUGAGACUUACAACCUUCUGUCUGAAAGGUGGUUCACCCACGCCUCACCCACGCUGUUCAACGCAGGCACCAACCGGCCACAGCUCUCCAGUUGUUUCCUGCUGUGCAUGAAGGAUGACAGCAUUGAGGGAAUCUAUGACACUCUGAAGCAGUGUGCCCUGAUCUCCAAGUCUGCUGGUGGGAUUGGGCUGGCUGUGAGCUGCAUCCGUGCCACGGGCAGCUAUAUUGCUGGGACAAAUGGGAACUCCAAUGGACUUGUUCCUAUGCUGAGGGUGUACAACAACACUGCUCGCUACGUGGAUCAAGGUGGUAACAAGAGACCUGGGGCUUUUGCCAUCUACCUGGAGCCGUGGCACCUGGACAUCUUCGAGUUUCUUGACUUAAAGAAGAACACUGGGAAAGAAGAGCAGCGUGCCAGAGACCUUUUCUUUGCCCUCUGGAUUCCUGAUCUCUUCAUGAAGAGAGUUGAAACCAACCAGGAUUGGUCCUUAAUGUGCCCAAAUGAGUGUCCUGGCCUCGAUGAGGUGUGGGGAGAGGAGUUUGAGAAACUAUAUGAGAGCUAUGAGAAGCAAGGUCGUGUCCGCAGAGUGGUGAAGGCCCAGCAGCUCUGGUACGCCAUCAUCGAGUCACAGACAGAGACUGGCACGCCUUACAUGCUGUACAAAGACUCCUGCAACAGGAAAAGCAAUCAGCAGAACUUGGGGACCAUCAAAUGCAGCAAUCUGUGCACAGAGAUAGUGGAGUAUACCAGCAAAGACGAGGUGGCAGUUUGUAAUUUGGCCUCCUUAGCCCUGAACAUGUACGUCACUUCAGAGCACACCUACGAUUUCAAGAAGCUAGCUGAAGUCACAAAGGUUAUUGUCCGAAACCUGAACAAAAUCAUUGACAUCAACUACUACCCUGUGCCAGAGGCGGAGCGCUCCAACAGACGCCACCGCCCCAUCGGCAUUGGUGUGCAGGGCCUGGCUGACGCCUUCAUCCUGAUGAGGUUCCCCUUUGAAAGUCCCGAGGCGCAGCGCCUGAACCAGCAGAUCUUUGAGACCAUUUAUUAUGGGGCUCUGGAAGCCAGCUGUGAGCUGGCUGAGCAGCAAGGGCCGUACGAAACGUAUGAGGGCUCUCCUGUCAGCAAAGGGAUUCUUCAGUAUGACAUGUGGAACGUCACCCCCUCCGAUCUGUGGGACUGGAAGGCUUUAAAGGAGAAGAUUGCAAAGCAUGGUGUCAGAAACAGCCUUCUCCUUUCUCCCAUGCCAACUGCUUCCACUGCUCAGAUCCUGGGCAACAACGAAUCCAUUGAGCCCUACACCAGUAACAUCUACACACGCAGAGUCCUUUCAGGAGAGUUCCAGGUUGUGAACCCACACUUGUUGAAAGAUCUCACAGAGAGGGGUCUGUGGAACGAGGAGAUGAAAAACCAAAUCAUUGCCCACAAUGGCUCCAUCCAGAAUAUAUCUGAGAUUCCUGCUGACUUGAAGCAGCUUUAUAAGACAGUGUGGGAGAUUUCCCAGAAAACUGUCCUCAAGAUGGCAGCAGACAGAGGAGCUUUCAUCGACCAGAGCCAAUCUCUCAACAUCCACAUCGCAGAACCCAACUAUGGCAAGCUGACCAGCAUGCACUUCUAUGGGUGGAAGCAGGGUCUGAAGACUGGCAUGUAUUACCUAAGGACAAAGCCAGCUGCUAACCCCAUCCAGUUCACCUUGAACAAAGAGAAACUCAGAGAGCGGGAGAAGGCCUCUGAGGAAGAGAAGGAAAGGAACAAAGCAGCCAUGGUGUGCUCCCUGGAGAAUCGUGAUGAGUGCAUGAUGUGUGGCUCCUAACAGCCCUGCAGUGCCAGCAGAGCUGCUCCACCCGUGGAUCCCAUCUGAGAUAGGUGCAUUUAGUGUCACUUCAGGGCAGAGGAGCUUGCUGGAGCUGUGGCAGGAGGGUGAUCACUGUAGUGUAUGGUAGCUUCCCCAGCUGAGGAUUAGGGGAUGGUGCACGUGUAUGGGUAGAGUGCAUAAAAAGUUUGUAUAUUGCUUUUGUAGCUGGGCUUCCUGGAAACCUAAGUGCUCUUGCAUGGUCUCAGGUUGAACCCUAUAGAAAGAAGUUUUCCUGAACAGAUAGGAAAAGUGCUAACGCCACUUACAGGUCUGUCCUUGGGACUGGAGACACUUCUUUUCAUUUACUAAAGACUCAUAUUCUGUCUUCAGACAGAACCUGAUUGACGUGUUCUCCUUUGCCAUGACAAAACACCAGGAAAAGAACCCUGGGCUGGGUGUGUGGUAUGCCUGAUAUGCAGUCUGCCUUGGCAAAGCAGCAAUUUGUGUUAAGCUUGGAAAGAUGAUGUGUGCACAUCUAGCAAUGAGGCCCUUCUCCCACCAUUUAUCCCCAUCCCCAGCUCUUUCCAAAGAUGCAGCAUGGUGGUGGGUGUCCUGCUGCUUGGAGGUUUCCUUUCCUGCUCUCAGCCUGAAUGAAGGACACUGCACUCAGUUCUGCUUUUCAGCUCUGAGCAGGAAAUGGCAGAAUUGCUGCAGUGUGUUCUAUUCUGUAUCAAAAACCCAUUCAAGUCUCUCUCAGUUUGCUGCUAAUACAAUUCCAUGCUGUCCUUGAGCAGAAAGCCUCAGCAGUGCACACCCCAUCUUUUCUGAAGCGCUGCAUUCAUCCACCCCAGCUGGUUACUUGGAAUUUUAGGAACAUGUUUUUUUACUUCUCUAUGUACUUAACUAUCUGCUCUAAUGCCAUGGGGCUUCAUCACCCAGUUCUUAAAUAUUUAUUGAAUCCAUGUACCAUACGACUAACUCUUUAAUCCACAAAACUCAAUAAAAUGUGGUAUGUCAAAGGAAUGAAGGGCGGCAUCUUGGGAAUGGUAUUUUGAUUAAACUUGUACUGUAACA